CUCACUGACACACACACACUCUCUCUCUCCUCCACACACAAACAGAUACUUCCUCCGUCGCGAGUUCACAUCUUCCGUCGCCAUAAUCCCGACUCACUCCAGGCUGGCAUCAACCCCGAUUUAUGAUGAUUAUUACAAAUAAUUCCUGCCCUCCACUAUUCUCCCGCCAACUACCUCCAGUUCUAGCCGAACCUCCACUUUACAAUUAAUCCAUCCCAUUUAAAGUCCACCAUUCACUCAGACGUUCCUCUCUCGCUAAUUACAAGGAUUUAUGAGGAAUCAACUGGAAAUCUCGAGGAACCAGGAAAACUGCUGCCCCACACUUUGGACAUUUUAACGUUUGCAACAACAAAGAACAAACGAAGCAGCUAACGAAGCUGAUCUAUUAUUUAGUCGCAGACUAAGACGAGAUAAGCCAAACACCAUCAGUGGUACCAUUACCAGUUUCAUCAUCCUUCCUUCCUUCGUCUCUUCUUGGCAUUCUUCGUCUCAGUUCCAGCUUCAAUCUUUCUUUAUUUAUCCAUCCUUCUUCCCCUCUUACCUCUCACAUUUCGUCUAGACAUUGUUUUGAAUUUUUUAAUCCUUAUUAACCAUUCAUUAAACCGUCAUUAACAUCAUCUUUCCCUUCCGUCCUAAUUUUACUGUUGUCUCUUGAAGAACCUGGAAUUGGUUGGGAAGAAAAUUCUUUAAAAAAAAAAGACGAAAUCAGGAAGAAAAACAAAGGAAACCGAAAAUAUUGAUCAACCAAAGAUUGAUUUCGUUUUUAUUUUUGCAUCUUAAAAAAUAUUUCAACGUGAAAAUUUGGUCAAGCUUCACCUCUGGACAUUCUUGUAGAAAAGAUUAUUGUUAUUACGACCACCACCAGCGAUACUCCUCGUUCUUUCCCCAUAUAUAUACAUAUAAAUAUAUAUGCACCACACCAUGGCCAUAUUUGCCCACCUCCACAGUUUCCCCAUAAUUCUACUGCUCUGCUGUAGCAUGGUCUUGAUUACGGACGGUCAUCGUGAUGGUCGAAAAUUUGGUGCAGAGGAAGAAGACUCCGAUGAUGAUGGGGAGCCAUCAACAACUGAUGGAUUGCUGCAAUUGAAAAUCGUGAAUGUUAAACACAAUUCUGCUCUGUUCAGUUGGUUUUCUACAAUUCCAUCCAGGUCGGGAUUAGUGAAAUGUGAAGUUGUGUCCACUCCCGAAAAUAAACAGGGCAAAGUGACAGAAAUAAUGAACAGCCUUCCCACUAACUGGACACAGCUCCAACUUACUGAACUGACCAAUUCAACACAAUACACAGUCUUCAUCAUUUGUUCAGUCGACACAGAUGUCUAUAAUUCAAACAGUAUUCAGUUUAUUACAGGGGUCCCACUGACGACCACAGUCAAACCAAAACCCAUAACUUCAACUCCAACUCCCCACACUGGUCCAUAUUUAGAAACAGCAAAUGAGAGUCAGGUUACCGAUGUGGUGUUAGGGGUUCUGUCUGCUGUACUAGGGGCCGUCGUCAUUUCUACUAGUGCCUUUUAUUUGUGUAAGAAAUACCAAAGGAAUCAACGUAUACUUCGGUUUUAUAGUGUGAGAAGGAGAGAGAGUACCAAUAGUCUAUUCUGGUCGGCCUAGUGUAGGGGAUAGUGGUAGCGGUGUGAGGAGGAGGGAAGCUGCUGAAGUUGAUACAAAUCCUUUUGGUGUGAUAUAUGUUUACUUUGAUGAUUCCACAACCAAUUCCAAUAUUGGUUCAGAUUAAACAUUCUUCUCGUUUUGGCUCGACUGAUAUUUAUCCAAGUCCCGUCUAAAUAUUGCACACAUGCUGACUCCAUUUAGAAUUCCUUCUUUGCUCAUCUCUCAGGUUUAACCUGACUCCCAGUCGUUCCGAUCCCCUACAUACUGUACAGCAUGGCCUCUGGUCAAACUUGUCCGCAGCCAACACACUACACUACAUAGCAAGGUGCUACAAGAUAUUUGCUCCGAUAAAACGUCCUAAAUGUAGCCCCUGGGUUACUUCCAGCCGCCAGCAACUGUACAACACCAACCUUGUCUUUAAUGAAUGUCCUUGUCCAUGUUCCACACAACUAAAGGACAAUCAGUACACCAUUGGUUUGGGUAAAUACCCUGAUUAUUCUUACACACUUCACAGCAACCAGUGACUCUAAUGUUGGUAUAAACCAUUCCACCUGACCUCCACUGCUGGUCAACAGAACCACACUAAUGUGUUAACACAGGUACACAUUAAUAUCUUAAUGCAAACACACUGUGAUAAUGGGAACACAGCCACAUUAAUGUGUUAACACAAACACUAAUUUAAUAACACAGAGAGAAAAAGAAAAAAAAAGACAAUCCAAUAUUGACCCAGACUUCAAAAUCAAUUCCUUCCAGUGUAGGUGGGAAUUUGGAAAUCACACACACACAAGUCCAAUUCUCAUAAAUAUUUCCUCGAUGUUGUGAUGGCAAUUGAAUAAUAGAAUUUGGUGGAGCACCCAAGCGAUUUCGUUUUGAACACUUUCCCUCCUGUGUUCAAGUUCUUCCACACUCAACUUCACCAUUCAUCCUUCCAGACUUGAGAUAAAUCAGUACCAGUUAUAUACUGGGGUACAGGAUGAUAGAUUUGUUUGGCUGUUCCGUCUACCUUGUCCUCCUCUCCAAGUGUGUAAGUUCAUCAUGUACAAAGUUCAGUAGAAAUUAAUGUUGUCUUCAGUUUUGGAACUUGGACUAAAAUGCAUUUCACAGUGUCUGCUUUCCAUUCCUUUACAUUCCGAGUUCAAAUCCUGGCUGGAAAUGAUAGACAUCAGUUUGUUAAUAAAUAUGACUACUUCAUUAAUGAGCUGCAAAGCAAAGCUGAGCUGUUGGCCCAGUUGGUAACAUCCUUUGCAACAAUUGUCUCUUCUCAGUUAAAUGCACUGCAGAAUCAUGGCACCAGGCAUUGUGUAAACAUGUGUCUCUUCAGACCCUCAACAGCAAGACAACGUAUGUUCUUUAAAGCGACAAAGAUUUAUAGCUUUAGUUCAUGUAUCCACAUGUAGCUAACAAAACCAGCUCUAGAUCGACAAACUCAGUUACAAGUUGAAUAUUUGAAGAGACUUUUGAUAACGAAAUGGUUUCUUGUUUCAGUGUUGCAUGUUUGAUGCAGUUCUCUUCAAAAUGCAAAGUAUAUACUCACCUGUAUUACAUGUAGACAGACAUUUAUUUUUUCCUUCACCAGGGUGAUAAUGGCCAAUACCUUUGAGGUGAUUGAUCACACAAACGUACACGUCCAUCAUCAGGAGUUUUGUUCACCCUGGUGAAUCUGGAAUGGGGUGGUGAUGGUAUCAGAGAGAACAGAACGAAAUACCUGUGCAAGAAUAGUGGAUCAGUAGACUCAUUAGAAUGUCAGACAAAAUGAAUUGCAAUAUUUAGGCACCUUUAGUUCACUCUGUUGUCAGAGGUAACAGCUAGUGUGGUGUAACCCUGGGUAAUGGAUUAAGUCUAUCUCUUAAGCAGACACAGCAGGAUUUGAACUUAGAACACAAAAUAUCCAGUCUGGUGUUCUAAUGAUUCUGCCAGUUUGCCACCCUAGACUACUUUUUAGUUUUCUGACCUCAGAAAGGUGAAAGACAAAGUUGGUGUCAAUGAGAAUUGAACUUGGAAGGCUAAAUAAAUUCAGCAACACAAUGCAUUCAAUGUUCUACCAACUCUGCCAUUUCAAGGAGGAGGAGGAACAAGUAACGUGUAAUUUAAUCAAUUCCAAGUAUUUGAAUGGUACUUCAUUUUCUCAACCCUCAAAGGACGAAAUGUCAAAUUGACCUUAACAGAGUUUCAACUCAGAAUGAUAAAGGGUUAACUUAAGUAUUGAGUCAAGUCUUCAGUUCUGAGGACCCCCCCCUCCUAAGUGAGAGAACAGGUACCAGUCUAAGCACCAUAAUUGUAUUUUCUAUCAUAACCUCCACAUUCUACGUUCAGUCCUCUCCAGAAUGAUUUAUUUUCUAUUAAAUGUGGAUCCUCUGAGGAGGGGCUGGAGUGGUGGUGUUAAACAAUCCAGCCAGUCACUUCAGUUAUUAAUUAGCCCCAGGUCAGCUCUGAUUCAGUUGUACGAUCAGAGACAUUCCAAGCAUGACCAUCCAGUCUUGUUUCUAUAUCUUGGGCCAUAAAUGUUCAAAGUAUCCUUCUGUGUGCUUUGAGGGAGAUUUGGCUGCUAUUUUAUAACGAGUUGGAAGGGACCCCCUGUUGCCUUCCAAAGACAUUACUUGGUGAUGGUGGUGAAGGGGGGUUGUUAAGUGUCUCUCCUCUCCUCAUCAGGGUGUUGUUGUCUAGCCCCUAGUUAGUCUUGAUCCAGCAGACUUUGACAUCAAAGGCAAUCCAACCAUGACUAUCUGUUUUCUUCUUUUGUCUAUUUAGGAACUAUAUUAUCUAAUUUUACUCUCUAAGUCAAUAGCCUCUGAUCUGAGGCAGGUUUAGCUGCUGUUUCUAUCGGGCCAGACCAACAUGGAGAAGCUUCCCUUGGCAGUGGAAUCCUGGAAGGGGCUUCAUCGCAGUAAACUUUUUGCUUUUAUAACCACAUCAACAUUUUAUGUUCAAAGUUUAAAUUUUCAGCAAUAUUAGUCUUUCUCUUUAUUAAUUAAAAGACCAGCCAGAUUAAAUUAAUUAAUUACUGCUCUUGGGGUUGUGUUAGCAAUCAUUAUUGGUUGUGAAAACAAAUGUCAACAAAUAGGUGGGGGUCAGAAAUACAAAAAAAUAACAUUAAGCCCAACAACAACCACCACAAAAACAAAUGAAAUAUAAAAAAAGAAUACAAUCUGUCUCCUGUUUAGAGGAAAGAAUUAUCUACUCUUCCCCUUUGCCUACGGUCACCAUCACCAUCACCACCACCAUCAUCAUCAUCACCAUCAAUACCUCAACUAAUGCCAUCCAAAUAUCUUAUUCUUCUUUCUCCCUCCAUGGCUAAACUGUUCAUCUUUUUUUUUUUUGUCAUAAACUACACAUUUCAAAGAUGACAAUGUAUUGCUUGUCUUAAUUUAAAGAAAAAUUUGAAAUUUCCCAAUUGCAAAAAAAGAAAAAAGAAGGAACCAUACGUCUUUCGUGUUUCUGUGUUCUUGGCUAUUGUUGCAUUAAUCCAUUCCUUCAGUUGUCUUGAAAUAUCUCUGCAUAAAAAUGA